UAUGCAAAAAUGGAAUUCUAAUUCAUCUGCUGUUCUGGCACAAGUGGCAUCUGACGAUUGGCCACGUGCAAAUGUAGUGAAGCUGAGUUCUGAGGAGCUGGUAAAAACCUUGGGAAUAGCCUGGCAACCCCAAGAUGACGAAUUGUUUGUUGAGGUUAGCAUUCCUGUAUCUGAUGAGCCAUGGACCCGGCGACGCGUAUACUCCAUGGUGGCUAGAUUGUUCGAUCCUCUUGGCCUUCUAGCACCAGUUACCGCAUGGGCGAAGAUCCAGAUGCAGGCUUUGUGGAUAGCUACCGACGAUUGGGACGAACCAAUACCGACGCAAAUGGAACUCCUGUGGAACCAGUUCCAAGAUCAGCUACCCUGUUUGAAGGAAAUCAAAUUUGCACGGCAUGUGGUUAUCAGCAAUCCGGUGAGUGUCCAAUUUCAUUGUUUUUCCGAUGCUUCAGAGGCGGCGUAUGGUGCCUGUGUUUAUCUUCGAUCAAUGGACGGCGAUGGUAACGUCAAAGUGGAGCUAGUAGCAGCGAAAUCCAGGCCCGUCCCUUUGAAGAAAAUUAGUCUUGCCAGACUAGAGCUGUGUGGAGCAGUAUUAGCUACGAACUUGAGAAAGUGUGUCGGCAGAGCGCUCAAGAUGGAGGAGGCUGAAACCUUCAUGUGGACGGAUUCCACAAUUGUUUUGCAAUGGCUGCGAUCACCUUCUUACACGUGGGCUACAUUUGUGGCAAACCGAGUGUCGGUGGGACAGAAAAAUGGAAAGGGCUAUACAUGGCUACACGUCAGAGGCAGUGAAAAUCCGGCGGACAUCGUUUCUCGUGGGGCGCUUCCGAGUGAAAUGAUAGUAUCAGUUUCGUGGUUCCACGGACCUUUUUGGUUGAUGUUUUCAGAGGACAACUGGAUAAAGUCGAUGCCGUUAGAUCCCCCUGACGAAGGCGACCUUGAAAGGAAGUGAAAGGUCUUGGUAGCAGUUAGCAGCGAAAAGACUGAGGAAUGGGCUGAGAGGUUUUCGCAGUUUUGGAGAUGCCUCAAAGUGACAGCCUACUGCCUCAGAUUUGUAAAAGGAUGCAAAAAGUCCGGCGAAGUGUAUCAAAGUAAGUGUCUAACUAUGUUUGAAAUCGUUGCAGCUAAGAUGGUUUUAGUGAAGAUGCUUCAACAAGAACACUUCGUAGCGGAGAUAAAGGAGCUAUCGAGUGGCGGUGUCAUUCCACCGAGCUCUAAAUUGAAGAAUGCAGCUCUCCAAGAUGACAUCGAGUGGCACUUCAUCCCGCCACAUGCUCCGAACUUCGGUGGUUUGUGGGAGGCGGCCGUAAAGUCUGCUAAGCGGAUCCUGCGGAAGGUGCUGGGCAACCAGAGACUUUCUUUUCCUGAGAUGACAACGGUAUUAACGCACAUCGAGGCGCAGCUGAACAGUCGUCCUUUGACGCCACUAUCCGAAGACCCGUCGGAAAUGAAUGUCCUUACGCCAGGGCAUUUCUUGAUUGGGGCACCCCUGACGGCGUUACCCGAGAAGGAUGUCUCCAAUCAACCUGAAAAUCUUCUGCGUCGUUAUGAACUGAUUCAGCGAUUGGUCCAGCUGCACUGGAAGCGAUGGCAGCGAGAAUAUUUAAGUGAACUACACAAUUAUGGGCAACGUGUAUCGCCUGUUAAAAGAGUUGAAGAGGGACAGACCACUCCGAACUACAACAAUACCUUCUCGAUUUUCACCAAUGGUGCAAUCGAAACCGCCUGA